AUGGCGUCCAGCAGUAACUGGCUGUCCGGUGUGAAUGUCGUGCUGGUGAUGGCUUACGGGAGCCUGGUAUUUGUACUGCUGUUUAUUUUUGUGAAGAGGCAAAUCAUGCGCUUUGCAAUGAAAUCUAGAAGGGGACCUCAUGUCCCUGUGGGACACAACGCCCCCAAGGACUUGAAAGAGGAGAUUGAUAUUCGACUAUCCAGGGUUCAGGAUAUCAAGUAUGAACCACAGCUCCUUGCAGAUGAUGAUGCAAGACUGCUACAGCUGGAAACUCAGGGAAAUCAAAGUUACUACAAUUAUCUGUACAGGAUGAAAGCUCUGGAUGCCAUCCGUGCCUCUGAGAUCCCAUUCCAGGCUGAAGGCCGGCAUCCUCGUUCCUUAAUGGGCAAGAAUUUCCGCUCCUACUUGCUAGAUCUUCGAAACACUAGCACUCCUUUCAAGGGUGUGCGCAAGGCCCUCAUUGACACCCUGCUGGAUGGCUAUGAGACAGCCCGCUAUGGCACAGGGGUCUUUGGCCAGAGUGAGUACCUCCGCUAUCAGGAAGCCCUGAGUGAGCUGGCCACUGUGGUCAGAGCACGAGUUGGGAGCUCUCAGCGACAACACCAGUCAGCAGCCAAGGACUUGACUCAGUCUCCCGAAAUCCCCCCCACCACCAUCCAGGUGACAUACCUUCCCUCCAGCCAGAAGAGCAAGCGUGCCAAGCACUUUCUGGAACUGAAGAGCUUCAAGGACAACUACAACACGCUGGAGAGCACCCUGUGACUCGCAGACUGAGCCCACUUCCUGAAGGUCCACCCGGCCUUUCCUGUAGGCAUUUGCAAAACAUUAUCUGAGACUAUUUUCCCACAAUAGCACUUUUUUCUGAAUUUAAAUUCAGGUGUCUUAAGAGGUUUUUUGUUUUGUUUUGUUUUUUGGUACUGGAUA